AUGGGUUCCCAAAGCCUCGAUAUCUUAACUGUCUACCGACCCUCAGGGAACGAUCCUGAGGCUGAUGCCCUAUUGCUGGAUGGGUUUAAAGCCCUCGCUACGCGAUCAAAUACCCUUAUCGUUGAGGACUUUAAUGUCCCUACCAUCCACUGGAUAUCCUCCUCAGCUGAUUGCUCUGAAUCAGCAUUCGACCACCAGCUCCUGCAUAUAACUCAAUACCUGCCUCUCACCUAG